CGUAAUCACACGGGAAACUUGGUCGUUGAUAAACUGAGACUAAAGCGUUUGCUCUGUUAGAUUUUGCAGACUACCUGCUCGUGCUGGACAAACCUCUCUGAGAUAGAGGAAUGAUUAUUGCUAAUAAAAGAAAUCCGCGCGCCAUUUAUUUGAAGAACACAUACUUUAAUUGGACGCAAUAAACGGACUUCGACUUCGUGCCAUUGGAAAUCACAUUGCGUUUUUGCAUUUGAUUCUCUGACCCGCGCUGCUGCCACCUGUCAAGUUCGACAUUAGCGUGUACAUAGAAACUGAAAUGCAUUUUUUUAAUUCACUCAUUUGAAAAGACGAAUUCGUUUUCAAGACCACAGUGUUAGCUUUAGUGAAGAAAGGCAGCAGAGAUUCUGAACUAACAUAGCAAAAUCAAAGAGGAACGCUGGGCUCUUCGCUUAUUAUUGUUAAUUUUUAUAUACAGUUUUAUGAUUACGUGCUAAUUUUUCUUCCUUUUCUUCCAUUGCAUUUGCAAUGGUUUUAGGACAAAGAGGCAUUCCUGUUUGAAAAUAUCCUGAAUGUAUUCCAUGCACUUUUGCUGACGUCCAACCACUUUAUUUUGGGAAAUCAGCUUUUCCUUCUUCUGAACCUUUUGCCACACCGGUAGGCUGGUGUUUCUUGGAAAAUUACGGAGAGAAGAAAAAGGGUCAAACAAUUCCAUUCCCUACAAAACCGACUCGAAAUACUUUUGACUGCUGACCUGGGUUUUCCGGAAUUCUUCACAGACGGACUUAAUUCUGUGGAAUUAAAGAGGCCAUCCCAUUAAAACGCACAUCAGAAAGUAACCAAAUUAAGCAGAUUGCUGGAUGUUCGCCGGAGACGGGCGCCUUUGCCUGAGAGGUCCACGGAGCGCCGCUGUCCCUGUGCAGAAGUGCUGAGGAGGGCCAGCCCUGCGCCUCCAUAAAUGCCCAGUCCGUCGCCGAGUCUCGAGGCUGGGCGGCAUCAUGAGCUCGUGGGUUCGGCUGCUCGCAGUGCUAGCGCUGUGUCUGCGGUUUGCUAGCGCCGAGGGGGAUCCUCUGCCUCUUUCUAUGGUGGAGCUGGUGAGAAGUAGCCCUAUUUCCUCCAUUGAGGACCUUCAGCGACUGUUGGUGACUGACUCCGUAGAUGAGGAGCCAGACAGUCAGGGAGCCAAGCAUCUCCACUCCAACAGCACUUUUAAACGCUUACCCAGGAGCCUUGGUGUGGAGCCAGCCCAACAGGCCCUGUGUAAGGUGCGGACAGAGGUGCUGGAGGUCACCCGGGACAUGUUGGACCGCCGCAACGCCAACUUCAUGCUCUGGCCACCCUGCGUGGAGGUGCAGCGCUGCUCCGGCUGCUGCAACACCAGGGCCCGGCAGUGUGUCCCCACAGUCACCAGCACCCGAUACCUGCAGGUGAUGAAAAUCCAGUACAUCAACAAGCGACCCCACUAUGAAAAGGCUGUCAUCUCUGUUCAGGACCACGUGGAGUGCCGCUGCGAGAGUGUUGCGUCACCCGUGGCCCCUGUGACCAGGGCGAAGAAGCCCCAGCAUACCCAGCAGCCCCAGCGGCAGACCCCGAAACCCCCCCUGGUCAAGGUCCAGUCGAAGGAGGAACUGCACCGGCACGAUGAGCUGAAACACAAUCAGAAACCCCAGCCGGAUGGCCAAGAGACUGUCUGGCACCCCAAGCACGCCCACACGCAGACGCCUGCCAGGCAAACACCCACCAGGCAAACGCCCGCCAGGCAAACGCCCACCAGGCAAACGCCCGCCAGGCAAACGCCCCCCAGGCAAACGCCGCCCAGCCACUCUGUCACCAGCACGGAGAGGACGCAGACUGAACAGACUCCCCUGCAAGAUCCGCAGCUUCAGGAUUCCUCCAGGCAACGUGGAGGGGAGGAGAAGGAACCGCCGCCAACGCAGGAAGCACACAGACCACACAAAGACAAGGAGGAGAACGCCGUCAGCAGCGCAAAGACGCCUCUUGCAGGAGAGACGCACAUGCGUGACGGCACCCGGCAGGAGACGAGGCACCACAACACCACGGCCCACCGGACUGCAGCGGAGGGAGAGCCGGGGACGCACAGCACGCGCAAGGAAGAUCACCCCCAGCGUGGCGACGUGCCGCACAGGCAGACCGAGCAGAGACAUCCACACAACCACAGCCGCCUCCACAACCAGACAGAGGUAGCUGAUCGAGGGCAGCACACUGUCCAACAGCGCAAAGACAGCGAGCGUCUGGAGGCAGAGGAGAGACACUUGCUGCUGAUACAGCAGGAGAAACUUAAGCUGCAGGAGGAGAAGCGAGAACUUCUCCUACUGCAAAGAAAACUUGAUCAGGAAAUGCAGCAGCUAAGGCAGCAACAACAGCAGCAUCACCAGUACAGUCAAGAGCGACAUCAUCACCACAGCCAUCAAACGCAGACACUCACAACCACACACAGACCAGUGACAACAGCUCCGACUACAACACGACCGUCCGCCACGCCCCAAACCCAGAGGACGUCCACGCGCCCCGCCCCAUCCCGGAGAAGACCGCGCAAGAACCGGAAAAGGAUGAGCAAGGCAACAAUGAGGGCCAUACUGAUGUAGAGAGAAGAAAUACACAGAAUGGUUUAUAGGCAUUUUCCCUGAAACAUGGGUGAAUCCAGCAAACUGUCCUCCAAAGAUGGACACGGAUGGAAAACCAGCCUCUCUGCUUCUCUGUUAUUGCUGUUGUUAAUAUUUUCAUCGUAGAUAUAACUUUUACAAUGGUUUACUUCCUCCAUUUGUAACAUGUUUUCUCUUUAACGUAUGUAAUGCCAACAGCAAUAACAGUGCUAAUAAUUACAUGAUGAACUCAUCUGAGAGGGAAUUAUAUUUCAAACUGCACUAAAACACUGGAACUGAAUGUAUGCUGUAUACCUACGACAAAGGUGAUGCACAGUACUACAGCUCCCAUCAGCCACUGUGGUUCAAUUCAAAACUCUCUGAGCUGAUUGGACACUGGACCCAGGAAUGUCACACAGGAUUGGACAGUCUGUGCAUUUCUAGGGAAGAUUAAAGAGAGGCUGGUGAACGUGCUUCCUUGAUUUCACUGGAUGGACUCAGCUCGACUCUCACGCUAGCCUGGCUGAGGACUUGUACAAUGCCUGGAUUUGAAACUCCGAAUUCCAUGCACUGGCCGUUUAUGGGGUCACUCAUGGCAAAAAGCAUGUGGCUCCCUGUUCAGGUAUAUGUUUUGGUACUGGGGCCCUGCCUUUACUGUACGGCAGUUCAUUAUAAAAAGGAAACUGGACAGCAUGGAACUCAAGUCGACGCUUGUUGAGUCAUGUGUAGAUUGUGAUGUCAUGGGUUAAGACAUCAGCUCUGGAGCCCCUCAUGGAACUGUCAGACUCAAAGCAGGGGGCUGGACAGGACUAAAAUGAGAAGCACCUUCACCGGUGUGGAGGGAUCACUGAGAGGCAAGCCUGCCGAUUCCCCGGGGUGGGGGCUGAAAUGGACCCAUGAUAAUAGCACUGAAAACAAAAACUCAGGACUGCAAGAGAGUGAGAUCACAUACACGUGUAGAUAACCGCACACUUUGUCAGUGCAAUGAUGUAUAGUGAUGCAUGUAUAUGUUAUAAUAUGUUAUAAUGUUAUAAUUUUAUUUAUAACAUUAAGUAGAAGAAAUUUUAUAUGUAUAUGAAAUUUCUUCUAUUUAAGUGAGACACUGGAAUUUCAAAAAGGAAAACACAAAGCUUUCAUACAUAGAGGCUGUACAUGGUAUACAUGGCAACAUAAUUGCACUAGCCCUGUUGGAUAAACAUUCAAAGCUCUAUGGCAAACACAGCAACAGUGCAAAGCUGGAUGCCAUAGUUGAAAGAGGUGUAUUACAACUGUGUAGUUAGCAUGGCUGGUUCCUCAGCUUUAGCCUUCUUUAGACGCUGUCCAUAAUGCUUAUGUUAAAGUAAUAUUACUGACCCUUUUCCCACAGAAAAGGAAGUGCCAGUCUAAUAAGUACUCAUGACACCAGUCAUUGUUGUAGCAUUAUUGAUAUUUCCUGGUUACCAGAGAAGGAAGCAAGACUCAUUGCAGUGCAGAUUGAUCCAUUUUCAAGAAGUGCAACCAGCAACGUGUCAUGUUCUUGGCUUUACACUGGAUGAAACAAAAAAAAAAAAA